AUGAGAGGAAGAGAGUUGAGGAGGGGAGAGGAGGAGAAGAAGAAUAAAGAGAGAAAGGGGAAAGCGAGGGCGAAGGCCCCUUCUGAGCGGUCUGUGCGCGCCUGGUUCCAGCGCUUCAAAGCCGGAAACAAGGAACUCGAAGAUGAGCCUCGCUCUGCUCGACCGACUGCAAUAUCGUUCGACGAACUGAAGAAUCUGGCGGAGCAGCAUUUAUAUGAAGGUGUGCGGUGUUUUGCUGCCAGUCUUGGCUCUUCGCUGUCCACCGUGAGUAAUGGACUGCGAUCUCUCGGGAUGGUGAGAAAGCUCGGUCGGUGGCUCCCACAUGCAUUGAGCGACGGCAACCGUCAAGGACGCUCGGACAUCUGCACUCAGCUGCUCUCCAGAAGCCGUAGAUUCGACUGGCUGGACACCAUUGUCACUGGAGAUGAAAAAUGGAUCCUCUACGUCUGGUGGGGAGUUCAUGGAAUCUACCGUUUCGAACUGCUGCCAGACAACACGACAGUUACCGCCGAUUUCUACUGCGCUCAACUGCAAAGACUGGCCGACAAGAUCCGCAAGAAGCACCCGAAGCUCGGUACGACCCGGAUCUGGCCCCGAGCGACUAUCACCUCUUGCGAUCGCUUUAGCAUCACCUGGAAGAGAAGCGCUACGAUGAUCGUGACCACCUCGAAAAUGACCUUCUGGCUUUCUUUGCCUCUAAGUCGCACAGGUCAGCGUGAACAUCUCAAGAAGAGAUUCGUGGUAAUUUUGCAGUUUUGGUUUCGAACAAACGAAGGAAAUAGGAAUGAAUGGGAAGACGAGCAAGAAUCAAGGAGACAUGUAAUGAGUGGAAGAGCUGAGUCCACACUGAGCUAA